AUGGGGACUAGUUUCUCCAACCUGGCAGCCUUCCAGUCCCUGCACAUCGUCAUGCUGGGUUUGGACUCUGCGGGCAAAACCACUGUGCUCUACCGGCUCCGGUUCAACGAGUUCGUCAACACGGUGCCCACCAUCGGCUUCAACACAGAGCGGAUCCGGCUGGGAGGCGCGGGCACAUCCAGGGGCAUCAGCUGCCACUUCUGGGACGUCGGCGGCCAAGAGAAGCUGCGGCCCCUGUGGAAACCCUAUAGUCGCUGCACAGACGGCAUCGUUUACGUGGUGGACUCUGUAGACGCCGAGAGGCUGGAGGAGGCCCGGGCCGAGCUGCACAAGAUCACCCGCUUCUCCGAGAAUCACGGGACCCCGCUGCUGGUCAUCGCCAACAAGCAGGACCUGCCGCGGGCCCUGGACGUGGCGGACAUCGAGCGGCAGCUGGCCCUGAGCGAACUGAGCCCGUCCACGCCGUACCACGUCCAACCCGCCUGCGCCAUCAUCGGCGAGGGUCUGCACGAGGGCAUGGACAAGCUGCACGAGAUGAUCGUCAAGAGGAGGAAAUCGCUCAAGCAGAAGAAAAAGAGGCAAUGA